AUGACUUCGGAAUUGCGUCAACGUCAUCAAUCCACUUCGCAGUCGAGCAAAGACGAAGAUGUGCCUGCCAUUCCACCGCGCAACAACAACAGCACUGACCGCCGCCAACGCUUUGAAUCGGUCACGGAGCUACCGGCGCUGCAAGAAAAUGGCCAACCGGCCACGGAACGAACGGAAAUUCCCACAUAUAGCCAUGCGGAGGAAAAACCGGAAGACAAUAGUGAUGAUGGCGUGACAGGGAGCAACAAGACGCAACAACAAGUGGCCAAAUCCGAGGGCAAAAAACGCAAAAUUGCCGUGCGAAUAAUUUCCAGUGUUCUCAUGAUCGCCGUCUUUUUGGGACUCAUGAAUAUGGGGCAUCUAUACAUUUGCAUAUUGGUGGCACUGGUGGAACUGUUGCUGUUUCGAGAAUUGGUCAAGGUCCGGUACAGUGCCUAUUUCAACACCAUUCAAGACACGAUUCCUCUCUUUCGUACCACGCAAUGGCUUUGGUUUGCCGUGGCCAUUUUCUACACGUACGGCGACUUUUUUCGAGAAAUCAUUAUUCAAGGCAACCCGGCAUACCACUGGUUGUCGCAGUAUGCCCACUACCUGCCCAGUUUGUCGUUUUUGCUCUACAGUGGUACCUUUGUCAUGACCAUUGCCACCAUGCAAGUGGGGCACAUCAAAUUUCAACUCAAUCAGCUCUGUUGGACCAUUCUGGUAUUGUGCCUUACCGUGGGGCAGCUCAAGUAUAUUAUGCACAAUAUCUUUAAUGGCUUCUUCUGGUUUGCUCUGCCUAUAUUGUUGGUGGUCACCAAUGAUAUCAUGGCCUAUGUCAGUGGAAUGACGUGUGGACGCAAGUUCAUUCGACGACCGUUCAUCAGUUUUUCACCCAACAAAACGUGGGAGGGCUUUAUCGGGGGUGGCCUCUGCACUAUGGUUGCCGCAUGGUACAUUAGCAAACUGCUGGCACAAUUCCCAUGGAUGCACUGCCCCACCAACAAAUUCGAAUUCUUCCCACCACCACUACAAUGCACACCCGAUCCCAUUUUUGUGCCUUCCACAUUGCGAUUUCCAUCGCAAAUGUUUGAAUUGUUUCCCCGAUGGUGCCCCAAACUAUUUCCCAAUGUCGUCGAAAUUUGUUCUGUCGUUGCAGUCGAGACAGAGGACGUUACUACUACUUUGACUCCCUGUGUGUCGGGUGACAAGAGGCAUACUCAUCAUCAUUUUGAAUUGCUCAUGACAGUCUUUCCAGUGCAGAUUCAUGCAUUGGUGUUGGCACUCUUUGCCAGUUUGGUCGCCCCCUUUGGGGGAUUCCUUGCGAGUGCCAUUAAGCGGGCAUAUCGGCUCAAAGAUUUUGAUAGUCUCAUUCCGGGACAUGGGGGUGUCAUGGAUCGUAUGGAUUGUCAGUUCUUGAUGGCACUCUGUACAUGGGUUCAUUACAAUACAUUUGUCAAGAUUGCCACCAUUAGUGUGCACAAAAUGACAUACAUGUACAAUCAACUAACCGAAGAGGAAAAGAGAGAAUUUUUGGAGUCCAUUACAUUGGUGGCCACCAAGAACAAGAGUCGCAAUAGCAACAACAACAACAACUUGAGAUUGGACGAGUCCUUCUUGUAA